AGUUAACCGCCACAGUUGGCUUGUUGAUGUUACGGGACCAUUAACUUCGACGUGAGACUGUAUAUUAAACAAGGACACUUAUUAUUCGACGGGUCCGAAUAUGCUUGUGUUGGGAAAUGUUUUCUCCUAGCUUACUUUCAACAGUCUUUUCUCAAAUAGAAUCUUUAGUCUAUUUUCGAAAUAAGAAGAAUCACAAAACAAACCAAUCUGAGAUUAAUCAGAUAAUCAAACUUCAUACAUUAGAAACAGAACGUCACUUUGUACGUUGUUUAUUCUCUUUAGUUGAUUAUUUAAAUGAGAAUAAAUCACAAAAAGACAUUCAUCAGGCUCAAUAUUUAAGUCAAGAACUUACUAAAUUACUGACAAAGUCAAAUUUCGUAUCACUCAUUUGUUAUUCUAUAGAAAAUCCUCUACCAACACACAAGGUAAGCUGA